ACCCCCCCCCCAUAAAUAAACACAUUACUCAUACAAUUCAUAAAAAGGAUCACAAACAGUAGUUGUCUUGACACUAAUUCUUACAGUUCAGAAAUCAUAAAAAGAUCAGAAAACUCGUGUAUAAUUAAUUCAGUGGGGAAAAGUUAAAGUGUGAUUGUAAUUAUUUUGAGUUUGAAUCAACCAUCAGCUAUAUUAUUGUAUUGUAUUAUUGUAUUAUUGUAUGAUGCUUGCUUUUAAACAUACCGGGACCUGGAUGACUGAGAACCUUCACAGACACACAAAGUGAUGCUUGCACUCUAGAAACAAUAGUCAGCAAUAACCAUAACGCAUGAGACGAUUGUUUAACUUCACUGUCACGUGUUUCUAUACAAAAAGUAUACUCAAAAUUUAAACUUGAAUUGAGGGGGGUCUGUUCUAAAAGUUUAAUGAGAUUUCAGUUCAUAUAGUGUCUGAAAAUGAUCAGUUAGCUGUUUUACAACAUUCUUUCAGGAAUUUUAGAGAAAAAGGGAAGUUUAAAGAGCAGUCUAUGCAGGUGGGUUAAGUGAUGGCUUUUUAAGUAAUGGUUUAAUUACUGGCACCUUAAUGUAUGUAGCCUAUUAUUAGAGAUAGAUGACAUUUAGGAUUAAAGCAUUUGUAGUUAUUCAAGUUAACUCAGAAGAAUUAAUCAGAGCGCAAGAGUCCAAGAAAUGUUAAUAGUGUUUAAAGCAGCUGUAUGUAAUGAUGAGUCUGUGAGAUGGUUACUAGUAAUCUUUCUCUAAUGGUUGAAUUUUUAUUUGUGAAUAAAUUUAUAGAGCUCUGACUUUUUGUCAGUGCUGAAAAGAACUAGGGCUUUUUUUUUAAUAGAGCAAAAAGCUCUUUUCCAGGCUGGAGGUCUUCUAAACUACUGAGAUGCCAAUUUGUCUUCAGCUUAUCUACUUUAAGGUGGACCUUUGAGAGUUAAACCAGGGAGUACAGUGACUUUCGAGAGUUUAGGUAGCUGCUCUGCACUGUGUUGGCACAUGGCAGUUAAGAAGAUAUCCUUCAACUUAGUCACAGCACUUUCAGAACGACAUCUACUGUAAUGAAACUUAUUCCUCACCUUAGUGCAAUCUAUUAUUGUAAAAUUUAAAUGUUAAUAAAAAUGAUCAGAUAAAGCCAAUUCAUCUAAUAACAGAUUAAAUGCAGAGUUGAGGCUUUCAUUUUCAGCAUCUAAACGGAUGUUAAAAUCACACACUAUAAUUAUUUUAUCAGAACUAAGCACUAAAUCAAAUAAAACCUCUAAAGUCUAAAAAUAAAUCCGAGGUGAGGUGAGGCAUUAUAGUAGAGGGAACCAGAGCUUUGCACUUGCAACUAAAGGCAAUCCUCUCAUGCCAAUUACACGCUGGCUUUCCAAAUAUAUUAAAAGUCCUAGCAGCAUCAGUCACAGUCAACAUGCUUGCUUUAGACAUUCGAUGCAGUUGUCUGCUACUAAAAUUAGUGUAUCACCUUAGUGUGAUACAUUUUAAUACUUAUAUGCUUUAAAAGGUAUACCCCAAAUACAACAACAGAUAUUUGCUCCACAAAAAGUGCCCAAUCUUUCAGUCACUAAAUUAAUACUACAGUAGUUAUGCAUAUAUAAAGGUGUUUAUAUGUAUGUACUGUAUGUAUUAUAUAAAUAUCUUUAUAGGUGCAAAAACAGCACAUUCUGACAGUUUAGACAGAGUUAACACAUUGCAUUUUAAAAUGCAACAACUGGCUGAGGCCCUUCCCGGCUUUCCUAAGAUUGAAAAUAAAUAAAUUAAUAAAUAAACACAUUACUCAUACAAUUCAUAAAAAGUAUCACAAACAGUAGUUGUCUUGACACUAAUUCUUACAGUUCAGAAAUCAUAAAAAGAUCAGAAAAAUCAUGUAUAAUUAAUUCAGUGGGGAAAAGUUAAAGUGUGAUUGCAAUUAUUUUGAGUUUGAAUCAACCAUCAGCUAUAUUAUUGAAGAAUUUGAAUGAAAUGAAUGAAUGAAAAGAAUGGACUAGUUUUGGAUUUGCAGUGAAAACAGGGUGGAAGGUCACUACAUAAGUCAUAAGUCAGGUUUCCACUAUUGACAAUAUUUCAGCAUGAAAUGCUAUCAAAACUUUUGGAAGCUAGAGAAAUCAAACCUUGUGUGAAGGAAGCGCGAUCUCUUAGAGACAGUACAAUCGAGUGAAAUGGGCGUGGUGGAAAUUAGAUACACCCUAAGAGGAAAUAAAAGGAGGACUCCAAGAAACUGGGAAACCAGUUCGAUAGCAUACCUGUCAAGCGGGCUUGAUAGCAUACCUGUAGCUGAGUAAAGCGAGAUUACGCAGUGUGGGAGGAGUCAUCAAAGCGCUUUGUGUCGUGUCCUUAUUCUCUCUCAUUCUUUUUCUUUGCUCAUAUAAAGGAGGGAUCAUUAAGAAGACCUGUAGAUUCAAGAUCAAACUUUGCUCAGGAUCAUUAUUAUUCAACCUAACUCCAACCUCUAAUUUGUUUUCCUAUGACGGCUAAAUCACCAAGGUGGUCGAUCCAAACUCCACAUUCCCACAACCUUUACCCUUGCUUGGAUUUCAACAUUCAGUUCACCAGGACAUAAUAUGGCAUCUGCAACUUUUUACAGAGUCCUGCAAUUCCUUCUGCUUGGUACUUUUAUACUGGGAUGCUUUGUGACUCUGUUUUUGAUGUAUUUUAAACCAUCUACAAGCUGGCUAUCAGGUCCUGUAGAGUCAACAGUAUCCACAGACCGGGUCAAGAACCUCUUCUCCACCAAGAGCGAUAAAAACGUGACCACUGUGCUGAUCUGGCUCUGGCCCUUCGGAAAAACGUACGACCCAAGCGUCUGCAGCUCUCUCUUUAACAUUGAUGGCUGCUUCAUCACAGCAGACAGGAAGCACUACAUAAAGUCUGAUGGGGUCAUCAUCCAUCACCAGGACAUCAGCACUGACCUGUCCAAUCUGCCGCCGCUGCAGCGACCGUCGUUCCAGAAGUGGAUAUGGAUGAACUUAGAGUCGCCGUCACAUUCGUCCCAGCUGCCUGGGAUAGAGAACCUGUUCAAUCUGACUCUCAAUUACCGUCAGGAUGCUGACAUUGAAGUGCCUUAUGGGUCCAUCGUAGCAGCAGAAGGGGAAGAGGAUUUUGUACCACCCAGCAAAAACAAGCUGCUCUGCUGGAUGGUGAGCAACUGGAACCAGGAUCACAUGCGCGUGAAAUAUUACAAUGAACUCUACAAACACAUUGAGGUUCAUGCAUAUGGACAGGCCUUCGGGAAAUACAUCUCUGACCAAGACUACUUCCCCACCAUCGCCAGCUGCAAGUUCUAUCUGGCGUUUGAGAACUCCAUCCACAAAGAUUACAUUACUGAGAAACUGUACAACCCGCUCAAUGUGUGGACAGUGCCAGUGGUUCUCGGCCCACCCAGGCAGAAUUACGAGAACUUUAUCCCACGAGACUCCUUCAUUCAUGUUGACGACUUCAGCUCGCCCAAGGAAUUGGCUGAUUACCUGCUGCUCCUGGACAAAAAUGAGGAAAUGUACCUCAGGUACUUUGAGUGGCGGCGACACUUUAAAGUAAAGAAGGCCUAUUUUUGGGCAGAGCACACAUGCCUGGCUUGUGAUUACUUGCGAAGGCACAAGGAAUACAAGGCAUUCAAUAACCUUGAUAAGUGGUACUGGGACAACUAGAGAUUUGAAGGUCUAUGUGGCUCUUGUUAUAUUGUUGAAAGCAGUGCUAGUGUGUACGAGUAAUGAAUUCUCCUAUGUAUUGUUUACAAAAGUCCAAUCUGAAAGGAGUUUAACAGGGUCAUGUACUUAUUGUGUCUUUUUGAAAUUAUGUAGUUUUCAAUGCUAAUCAAACUGUUACUUAUCUUCACACACUUACAAGAAUGCUGCAUUCCAGAUUUCUCGGAACUCAGAUGUCGAAAUCAGGAGUGACUUCACUCCCUAGUUAGUGUGUACGAAAAACAGCAUUUGUUUAUGUCCAUAGCAAGGUAGAGUCACUCAGGUAUCACAGGCAAUACACCACAAUAAUUGCUUUUUGUGCUUAAAAACACAUUCAUGGCUUAUUUAGUAAGUUAUAAAUACACAAUAGUAGCAGGACAGAUUACAAUUUUACUACUGUGUACAUUUAAUGCCGCCGUCAUGGACCCUUAGUUUUGGUCUAUAUGGGCUGCUCCAACUUUCUAAGAGGGAAAUGCCACUUGAAGAGAUGCUCCAGAUUCAAAUUCCGACUGGGAACUCUGAAAUUCGGAUUUCCAACUUCUCCAGGCACGCACCAUCAGACAGAUGGUCAUUAUGUAUUUGUAGAUUUGAAUUGGAGAUCUUUACCCUGGUGGUAUCCGACAGAAGGUGUCACUGUUAUGUUAGAGGGAGGUUGCUGAUUAAUAUUGCUGUGAAUUGUUUAUCGUCUCUUGUAUUUUUGUCCCAGUGUUUUGGAUACCAUGUGGAUGAUGGUAGCACAGCACAGAGCCAUUGUACUGCAAUAUGAAACUCCCACACAAAUCUGUCAUUUCUGACUGACUGCAUUAAGCAGAAAGAGCACUUAAUGAGCACAUAGUAUAUCCAUUUGAUUAGGCUAUUUAUUUGAGUGAUGCACUCUCAUCCCACUUUAUGACUUCAGAUAUAUAGACUGAUAUUGUUUCAUGGUUUCGGGCAGACUUUGACAUAUGGGUAAAGUAAGUAUUAACUAAGAUCUAAUGAAAUUGGCUCCCAUGUGAAGAAAAAAGUGAAAGAUGUGAUCUGUUUUCAUGCUUGCUGCAAGGUUAUCUAAGUUUUUGUAUAAUCAUCAUACCACAGUGUUGUUUGGGAGUAAGUGUCGCAUAUGGAAAGUGUGAUUCUCGAUUUUAUUUUAUUUUUUUAAAUAUAGCGCUACACCUCAUCCUUGAUGUGUCCACUGAUGCAAAAUAGGAUAAAACCAGUUAUUUUCUUAUGGAGUACGGUUCCAAAUGUCAUAGUGGACCCUGCAUUUAAACAAUGUAGUAAACUGAAACAGGAAUUUUUUUUUUAUCUGUUUUUUGGGUGUCUUCUGUCUCCUUCAUGUUCUCUCUCUUUGCUUUUCUUUUUCUUUUUUUAUUCCACAAAAACAAAGAAAAGGAGCUUUGGCUUGUCUGUCCUCCUGUUUAAAUUUGUUUGUGGAUCGCUGCUGCACCGGAGAGUAAUUCUCUAGAUGCUAUAUGACCUGGUUUCCCUAAGAAAACGCUGUAGUGUUAGGGGUUAGGUGGGAUGUUGUUUCUCCAGAAGGUACCAUUUGAGGCCAGUUCACUGAAAUAAUCCGUUAGUAGUCCAUUUUUUUUCGCCAUCGUUGUAUUUUGCCAGCUGCUGUGUUUUACUGUAUAUGUCUGAUAGUGUCAAAAAGAAAAUAAAGAUUUGGACAAACGAAUGAUUUUUUCUUCUUUUGUCCAGAGAUGGCCUCUCAUAAUGUAUUACAUGACAAAGGAUGGCUGGAUAAUGCUAAAACUAUCUGGAAAAAACUUGUAUGAUGCUUGCUUUUACACAUUUGAAAAUCCACUUCUUUAUGAGCAAGGUACUGUCCCUACACACUGCUCCCUGGGC